UUUUAUUUGCUCAAACACACAUGGGGCCAGUCUAAACAGGUGUGCUCUAACUGUAACAUGAAGCUGUUCAUUUUAAUAACCCUGUUUGGGCUCAGCCUCACACAGCACAACCCCCAUUUUAAGCGUGGAAGGACAACAAUUGUUCACCUAUUUGAGUGGCGCUGGUCUGACAUUGCUGCCGAGUGUGAACGCUUUCUAGCUCCAAAAGGGUUUGGUGGUGUUCAGAUUUCUCCUCCAAACGAACACAUUGUUCUGGACCAGCCAUGGCGGCCAUGGUGGCAAAGAUACCAACCAAUCAGCUACGAUUUAUGCUCCAGAUCAGGCAGUGAGGAGGAAUUUAAAGACAUGAUCAUCAGAUGCAACAAUGUUGGGGUUAAUAUUUAUGUGGACGCUGUCAUCAACCAUAUGUGUGGAAGUGGUGGUGGAGAGGGAAACCACUCCUCAUGUGGAAGCUGGUUCAGUGCCAGCAAAAAGGACUUUCCAAGCGUCCCGUACUCUGCUUGGGACUUCAAUGUGAACAAAUGCAGAACGAGCAGUGGUGACAUAGAAAACUAUGGAGAUAUUUUUCAGGUGCGAGACUGCCGUCUGGUCAGUCUUUUGGACCUUGAUUUGGAGAAAGACUACGUCAGAGGCAAAGUGGCUGAGUACAUGAACAAGCUAAUUGAUUUAGGUGUAGCUGGAUUCCGAGUGGAUGCCUGCAAGCACAUGUGGCCAGGUGACCUGGAAAAUGUUUACGGUCGUCUUCAGAACCUCAACACAACGUGGUUUCCCAGGGAUUCCAAACCUUUCAUCUUUCAGGAGGUUAUUGAUUUGGGAGGUGAGGCCAUCUCUUACACUGAGUAUGUCCAUCUGGGCAGAGUGACAGAGUUCAAAUAUGGUGCAAAAUUAGGAAAAGUCUUUAGAAAGUGGGAUGAAGAGAAACUGUUUUACACAAGGACCUGGGGAGAAGGGUGGAGCUUCAUGUCUGAUGGCAAUGCUGUUGUCUUUGUUGAUAACCACGAUAACCAGAGAGGUCAUGGGGCAGGUGGCUCAUCCAUCAUAACUUUCUGGGACUCCAGACUCUACAAGAUGGCAGUCGGGUACAUGCUUGCUCACCCCUAUGGAGUGACAAGGGUUAUGUCUAGCUACAGCUGGAACAGAAACUUUGUGAAUGGAAAAGAUCAGAAUGAUUGGAUGGGCCCUCCAAGCAACACUAAUGGAUCCACCAAGUCUGUUUCUGUUAACCCAGAUCAGACAUGUGGAGACGGAUGGGUGUGUGAGCACAGAUGGCGUCAGAUCACAUGUCCUUCCUGCAUUGUGUAUUUCCACUCCACUGGGACAACUGCUCGCCAUCACGUUGCAGCCACUUCAGUUUCACCUCAGUGCCGUGCUGGCACCCCUCAUCCCUCCAUCCUCACAAUUCCUCACUCUCUGCUGCCUGUCUUCCUGUCCCAUCAGCCUCUCUCUCUUUCCCUCUCUCUCUCGGUGUCUCUCCGUCUCCACCUUCCCGGCCCAACUGCUGAGCUUCUGUCAGCAGAUCUGGACCAGUGACACUGGAGCGCCAGCCACCAGAGGUGAGACUGCAAAGGUGAUACCUGCCAGAACAUUCAGCUCAUCCCAGUUGUCAUGACAACGGUGCACAUGGCUAAGAAAAAUGAGGAUCUCUUGACAGCCUAAUAGAAAGAGAAAGGGCUGUGGGGGAGAAGGGGAACAAACAUGUAAUAUUGAACAUAAAACGUUUAAGAAUGGAUAAAAUGUAGUUUGUAGUUUGAGCCCUUGCAAUAUAUUUAGUUCCUCUAGUUUAAAAAAAUGCAUAGAGAAAGCAUUAAAAAACAUACUUUGUGCCUUAUUACAUUAGACCUGAAAGUAUCUUAGACAUUGUGGCGUUUUAAAUGAAUGAGGGAAAACAGUAGGUCAGACAAUGAGCGCAGAAGAAAUGGCUGAAGGAGACUUUUGCACUAGACAAACCUCAACACGUUGCAGAUGCUAAAUUAUUGACCUCUCCUUCAUCUUUCGGUCUGGCAACUGUGCAGACCUGUAUCCUCAGAUUAGCUACAGAGAUGUCAGCAUCGCAGACCAGCUUCUUUGCUCCUGUCAUCCUCACUGAUGCUUUCUGACAUGGCUGUCAACGGUGUCCCCAUCCUGUUUUAUAUUUCAUAUGGUGCACCAGACCUGUCUCGAAUGAGGUAGUCAUCAACCUAAAGAUAAAUGCAUGUUUAAAGUUUACUGUACUCAGCUUUUUCUUAAAGGGGAAGAUAAGAUGAUAUUUCUAAACCCUGAAAAGACUGUUUAGUAAAAUACAUAAUCAACAUAACAUAUGCACAAUCAUGUGUUAUUGUGCAUAUGAUACAUUUACAAAAAAUUGUAAUACUUGUUUCUUUGAUAAUAACUGAGUCAAAUGGAAAAUAUGAAAUAUGAGAGCUUAACUUAUGGUAUUUGUGCACGGUCCUACAUUUUCAACAUGCAGCUGUCAUAGACAAAGCAUCAAGCGUCAAGACUUGUACUGUAUGGCUUGUCUGAUUUCAGAUAGAGAUCUGAUUUUUCUUCACUAGGGGGCAGUGUUGAAGCAA